CCGUGUUCCACGCUCGUUUAACUGACGCGGAAAAGUUUUUCAUACGUACGGUUCGCCGGGUGUCUAGCAGAACAGCUGAUUGUUUUGAAGCUGUUUACAUUCUUAGUUUGGAAAUCAAAGAGAAAGACUCACUAAACAUGGAUUAUUUAGGGGAUGAAAGAAGAAAACAACUCUCAGAAUUAGAGGAUUUUAUCAAGAAAUCAACGGAUCAACUGAAUUCUGUCCUUGAUACUCUUGGUUGGACUCGCGACGUGCUUCUCAGAGAGGGUGCUGAUAUGGUACCAUGCCCUCUGAAUCCCGAACACCGCAUGCCACAAAGAAGUUUGAAACGCCACUUAGAAAAAUGUUCCCUGCAUCAAGAAGGGUAUAGAUCUGACGAAGAGUUUUUAUCAGCUUCUGAAUUUUCAUCUGGUCCUUCGGUUGUAAUAGAUCAACAUAACUUGAAUCAAAUUUUAAAAAGACCAACUACUAUGGCAGAUUCUGACGACUUUGGUAAGUUUAUCUACUAUCAUUUCAUCGAAGCUGCUCUUUUACCGUAUGAUUUUCGUAACUAUUAUGCACACUUUUAAAGUGUUCACUGCUUA